CAGGCGGCCCUGCUGCUCCUGCUGGCGUUCAAGAAUGGUCGGCUUUGCUGCUCGAUCGGUUGCAUGCUUUCCCCGGUUAGCAUAGCACCGCCCAAUUAAGGUCUCACUACCACUUGAAGUUGCUUCAGCAAGGUACGUCCUGAGUAGUAGUAUGUACCCAUUCUCAUUUCCUCAUUUUUCAGAGAGAAUUUUAAGCAACGCCAUUGGGAAUGUACCAAUUCUGGCUUCUGCUCCUAAAUCCUAUUCAAGCCCUACACCAGCAGGGGGGCGGCCGGGAGCGACGCGAAGCUGUCCCCAUGGACCCUGCAGCUGCCGAGGAGGACGCCAAGAUCGUGCUGCAGCUUCCGAGCAGCCGUAGGAGAUAGAUCAUCGCUCCCGCAGCUUCCAAGGAGGGGGAGGAGGAGGAAGAGGCGGAGAUCAAGAAAGUAUUAAGGUGUCCGGUUUCCCUUCAUGAGAGGAGCUCUGAGCUGCUGGCCUUCAUCGCGUCACAUGGCGCACCUUGGCCUUCAUUGAGAUGGAGCUGAGACACAUUGUCGUGUCAUUGAAAUCGAGGCUGCCGCCAUUGUAGGAUAAUCAUGUUGACAAAAGCAUAUUGAGCUGUCUGGACAACUUGUUUAGGUUGUCCAGAAAUACCGAUGAUUUGCUUCAACUAGUUCAUCCCUGCAGCAAAGAGCCGCACGCUACUUCCGCCGUAGGAGUUCAAACUGGUCUUUCUUUGAGAUGACACGAUUUUACAGUCUCGCCGAACAUCCCUGCAGGCAUAGCCAUCUUCUUCCCGCUAGUUCCAACAUUGGGCUGCCACCCCAAGCAGCCGAGGCGGGUGGCCUCCCUAUUGUUGGCAUCGACCGCCCUACAAAGAAGCUCCUCAGGUGGCUCACGCCCCUAGAGGAGACGGACAAGAGCCUCAGAGUCAUGUCCAUCGUUGGACCUGCCGGGAUGGGCAAGACGACACUUGCCUUGGAGCUCCGCAAACUGCUCAGCUGCCAAACAAGCAUGGGGCACUACUAUUUCCAGUGCAAUGUUAUGGCCCAGGCGUCCCGGAAUGCCGAUAGAAAUGAGCUUCUUCUUCGAGACAUCCUCUCGCAAAUUUCAGAUCCGGCACCAGCACGUGCAUCUGACCAACCACAACCUAUGACAUUGGAGUUGCUAGUUCUCUGUGUUUCGGAACGCCUGCAAGAUAAGAGAUACGUCAUCCUAAUUGAUGAUAUGUACAUGAGGCGAGAAUCAGAAUGGGAAAAAAUCAAGGGCGCAUUUCCUGAUAAUAAUAUUGGUAGCCGAAUUUUGAUUACAACACGCUUUCCAAGUAUAGCGUGGUUAUGCUGCUCUGAUUCUGGUGGACUUGUGCACGUGAUGAAGCCUCUGAAUAAGGUAGAUUCCGAAAGGCUGCUUCUAUUGAAAGCUUUUGGUUCUGUGGAUGUUUGCCUACCAGACAAUGUGAAGAUAUUUGUUGAUAAAAUCUUGAUGAGAUGUGAAGGUGUACCAUUGUUCAUAACUGGCAUGGCAGACUGGUUGAAACAACAAUUGCAGGAGCAGCAGCACCAACAAGAAGAAGAGGAGGAGGACGAGGAGCAUAAGAAAAUUGCAAUUUAUAGCGAGGAACAAGUCCCCGAGAUACCAAAACAGAUCGAACAUGCACUAUCCUCUACUUUUGAUGACAUUCCGUAUGAGUUGAGGUCACUAUCGUUGUAUAUGAGCAUGUUUCCAUAUGGGUACAAGUUUGAGAAGGAUCGGCCCAUCAUGAGAUGGUUGUGUGAAGACCUUACAGAUGAUUGGGACGAGUGGCGUAAUGUUGCAGAUAAGGAAGAAGCAGAGAGGUACUUCUCCCAGCUAGUCGAUAGGAAUGUCAUCACCUUGGUAGCAGAAAAUUGUAAAAGCAAUCCGGAUGAAGCAGAGGCCUGCCAAUGGCAUGUGAAUCAUUUUAUGCAGCAGUUCCUUGCCUCCAAAUCAGCAGAGACAGGUUUUGCUUUCACCAGUGCAACAGGCCAUGGCAACAAAACUAGGAUACCACGGAGGCUAGCCCUCCACCAUCCAGAUCCCUGCCUCCCAUCACUGUUUGAAACAAUUGAUUUUUCUCAAACUCGUUCGUUAGCUGUGUCUGGUGCAGUCAGCAGAAUCGCUCUCGACAAGUUUAAUUUAGUGGUGCUAGAUCUCGAAGGUUGGGAGAAUUUGAAGGAUGAGGACCUACUGCAGGUAUGCAGAAGCAAAAUGUUCUUUUUGCAGUAUUUGAGCGUUAGGAAUACUCGAGUCAGCAAGCUCCCACAUGAGAUCAAGGAGCUGUGCAGUCUGAUGAUGUUGGAUCUAAGAGGCACACGGAUACGGCAGUUGCCAAAGCAAAUUGUGGGGCUACGCUCUACUUUGCGUGCUCUGCUCCUUGGUAGUGAAGGGAUGAUUAAUCCCAUUGAACCAGCAACAACGGUGCCACACGACGUACAGCAUUUGCAUAUGCUAUCGACACUAGCCACCAUCGAUUUGAGUGAACACCCUGCAAGCUUCGUCGAGGCUCUCGGUGCUAUGGAGAACUUGAGGGUGCUUGCAAUAACAUGGUCCUUUCACCAGUGCACUGACGGAGCCUACCGUAAAGCAUUACUGUCAUCCAUCAAAAAGUGGAAAUGGCUCAAGUCUCUGACCAUCCACUGUGGACUCGGGUGCUCCAUGGAAUUCCUGGGCGUCCUGUCUGAUCCGCCUCAGAAUCUUGAGAAGUUCAAGGUGACAGCGGGAAGAUUUGCAACUGUUCCCAAAUGGAUCAGAAAGUUCAAAUUUCUAUCUUUCGUGCAAAUCACCGUAUGCAGACCAGAGACAGGUGAUCUGAAGAUACUCAGACACUUGCUCAACUUGCAGUGCUUAGUACUAGGCUUGGACUUCAUUCCCAGAGAAGAUAUAGUGAUUGAAAGUGUGGGGUUCCGUGAGCUUCAGAGGUUCUCUGUGGACUGCCCAGUGCCAUGGCUCACUUUUAGAACAGGAGCUAUGCGGAAGCUCACAUAUCUUCAACUGAAAUUCUGUGCAUGCCCAGCGAGCAGCCAGACUAGUGUUCCUUCAGGUAUCGGCAGCCUCCAAAGUCUUAUGGAGGUAGCCUUGUGCUACAACGUAAGGUACACCAACAGCACCAACGUCAAGGUGACAGUGAAGGCAAUGAGAGAAGCGGUUGCGGAGCACGAUAACCAGAUCGACCUUUUCAUCAAUGGUGUCCAAAACUACGAUGUUCAAGCAGCUGACGAGGACACAGAGAGUGCAAUCAGAACUCAAAGUGGAAUCGAUGCUGGAACCGAAGAUGAUGCUCAAGCAAUUGAUGUGGAGACAGGGAGGACAACAACAGAGAUUCAGAGUGAGAUUGAAAUUGAAGCUAAGGCCGGAAGCGACGCCUAGCUCAAGACAAGGUGCAAUGAUCUCCCCUGGAGUGUCGUCAAAUCCAAGAAGGAAACAUAUGCUCUACUUCAGCUCAGCGGAGGAUGUACAAGAACAAGAGUUACAGCCUGCCAGCCUGGCAAUUGAUAUUACAGGAUGGUAUAUCUACUUCUGCAUUGCUGUUGUCUGCAUGUGAUCUGUAUGUCAUGUCAGAGGAUGUAUCUGUUUCGCCAUUGCCGUGCUAUUAUGCUACUUUUUUAAGACUGUCACCUAGUGUAUCGGGUCGGGUUUAUAUUGCUGUUUGCAGUUUCGUUUACAUUGUUGUUUGUACCUUGCAAGGCCUGUGUGGAAAUCAGGAACACUUCCAAUUCCUUUGUGUUGUGGAAACCAUAAGUUCCACGCAGGACCCUAAGACUCCAAUAUGGUGUUUGUGUUGUGGAUUUGCACGUAAUGUAAGAGACUUGACAUGUAAUGCAUG